CAUCGUCCCCUCACAAAAUGGCCGACGCAGCUGAUCCCAUUCGCCCACAUCCCGCAAGACUGUCUUUUCUUCGACUCUGGCUCCCCAUACUUUGCAGUUUUACACUAAUGACUCCUUUCUUCUUUUAAUUCAGGGCAUAUGAACGAGCUCUGCAACAUUUAACUGUUCAAUUAAUGAGUAAAUUUGUGUUCAUUAUGCAUUCUUCAACUUGACCUGCUAUACAGAAAUAUAGACAGACACACAUACACGACUUUUAUUUACCUACAAAUCCUUAUGUCCCUCCCACCCACCGCCAGGCCAAUUGAUGGGAUCGUUUCAGCAGAUGGCAUGCUUGGGAAAACCCAACCCCUGCUUAUUUCUAGUCAUUUCAGCCUGCCUUGAAGCAGUUUGCAUCAAUGCACCAAAUGCACGGAAGCAAGCCAAUAUAUGGCACCCAAUUCUGGGUUUGACACCCAGUAAUGUGAUUAUUUGUAUUAUUGUGACUGCGGUGAUACAUUCAGUUUGGAACUCUGCCAGCACUUCUUGUGCCACUGCAAAAUUUGCAAGCUUAGACUGAGACAUGGGUUACAUGAACUGCAAAACUCUGCAGGUGAAGUAAUCAAAACUGCAGAUUUCUGCAAAUAUCCCUUGCAGCCGCCUUCUCAAGACCAGUUUGCUUGUGUAAAAUGGAUUUACUGCACAACGAUUUCCACCUCUCACUUGAAGAACUGUGAGAACCCUUUCUGAAUAAAAAUCACACGAAAGCAACAUAUUUGAGAUGGUGGGAGGGCAAAUUGGUAGGAGCCUUUGGACUAGGACAGCGGAUUUCCCGCAAAGUUGUAUUGGAGACUUCAAAUACCCGAUUAUUGUAUAGUUGUAUUGAAAACGAAGACAUUAGUUUCUAAAUUGGUAGAAGCUACUGGACUGACAGUAGGUGGUAAAAUGAUUACUUUUCAAACUAUAUAACCAGGAAUUUAACCAAAUUGAGUAAAAUUCCCACGGUCAAAGCAACUGCAGUAGCAGUAUGAAACUCAGCCAUACAGUCCGAUCCUAGGCUUAUAGACUCAGAAGUAAACACUAUGGAGCCGAGUGGCAUUUGCUCUUUAGUUUUCAGUGUGGUUUGCAGGUAUGCCGCCUACUCCUACGCAUGUUUAAUCGGCAGCAGUACCACGGACGGAGUUCAGUGUCCCCAAGCAAGAGGCGGUAAGACCGCAGGCUGCCUAAAUCGUGUUUGUCAUACCAGUGAGAUUUAGGCAACAGGAAGAAGGCAGAGAAAAUGGCUGACAGAUUUGCAGCAGCAAGAAGGUUACAACCCAAAUGAUACACACACCCUUUCCCGCAUUGUCGACUCCUUCCAGCUGGCUGCAGCCUGUUCCUUCUGAACAUUCAAGGAGAUAUCAACAAUCCUUCCAAAAGUUAAAAAGGUGUCGACCAAAACUGCAAAACCUACGUAGUUUUGAAAGCUAAUUUCCUCAACGCACAUGCGGGCUGCAGAAAUUCUACACCGUAGGUUUUUUUUAAAAAAACAAUAGAAUUACGCAUGCGCCUUAGUAAGGACUGGGGGCGUACCGUAACUUGAGCCAUGCAGAGGCUCUGCGAAAACAAUACGCUCGUGCGCAGUAGAGGUUGUUGGUUGGGUGUGUCGCGCGCCCGAGAAGAUCAAGGAUCUUGUAAACAAAUCAAGGCGCACGCGCGCCAAAGGCUUUGCAGUUUCGGGCGCCUGUUUCGUUCACAGCGCAUGUGCGUUGGAUACCAGCCGAAUUUAGAGUGGGGAGCAUGCGCGCUCCGACAAGCAUAGACAAUGUAUAACAUCUGUUGCUUGCGUAUUGGGAGCAACUAGCUACUGAUAACGUAGAGCUGGCAAAAGUAGAGUAACACCCUUUCCGAUUUCCUGUUUGAUUCGGUAAUCACCAUUUUAUAAUGUGUGUGAGGGGGUAAAAUAUGGACCACGUGGAGUGAACGAAGAAAAGAGCAUUCAGUGCAAACUGCUGGCUUUUGGAUUGGGAACGUAUGUUCAGAGAGGAAUUAAAGUUGGUUUAUAGUUGCUGCACGAUGUGGUGCAUUUCUUUUUUGGCUGGAAAUCUAAAACAACCACCGGCUGAAAAUGACAAGAGGGACUCACUUUCACUGCAGUAUGUGCAAAACGUUAGCAACGGUGUAUUAGGAAUAUUAAUUAUCUAAAUAUAUAACAACAUGGACUACAUUGCAAGGCUGUCAAAAACUACUCUUUCCCAAUCCCCCCAUAAUAUCCGAAUAACAGCUCUGGACUACAUUGUGGGAUUGUUGUAAACCACACGGCCUUAGUCCAAACUCUGAUCUGACCUGCAAUAUGAAGAGUGGACUACAUUGCAGGAUGGUCAUGAGUUGUUAUGUCUCUCAGCCCUGCCCCAUCUAACGUGCAAUAUGGGGGAACACGGGAUUACACUGCAGAGCUCUGAGAGAUGGAACUCCUAUCUGCACAAUUACAGGUACAACCAACUCCCGGAUUUCUUCAUUGUACAGAGAUCAAGUUCACCUCCCCUGUAAGCUUGUCUGGAAAUCAAGUCUGAGAUCUCUGCGUUCAACAAGAUUCAGCAGCACUCUCAGAAGACAAAAUGGCAGCUGAAUCCAUAAUCCGGAUCCCUCCAUACCAUUAUGUUCAUGUCUUGGAUCAGAACUCAAAUGUGACUCGAGUGGAAGUGGGGCCUAAAACUUAUAUACGCCAGGACAAUGAGAGAAUCGUAUUUGCCCCAGUGAAAAUGGUGAUGGUCCCCCCACGCCAUUAUUGUAUCAUCCUCAAUCCAGUGGUUCGGGCAGCGAAUGGUGAGGUUGAGUUUGAUGCUGUGGGUCAGGUGCGGCUCAGACAUGCUGACUUAGACAUCAGACUGGCCCAGGACCCUUUCCCUUUGUACCCAGGGGAGGAAUUGCAGAAGGACGUUACGCCUCUGCAGGUUGUCCUGGCUAACACUGCCCUCCAUCUAAGAGCCCUUUUGGACUUUGAAGAUAACCAGGGGGGCAAAUAUGUCGCUGGAGAUGAAUGGUUAUUUGAAGGACCUGGCACAUACAUUCCACACAAGGAGGUCGAAGUAGUGGAGAUAAUCCAGGCCACCAUCAUUCGACCCAACCAAGCCAUAAGACUUCAGGCCCGGAAAGAAUGCAAGGACAGAGAGGGGAAUAAACGUGUGACAGGUGAGGAGUGGCUGGUGAAGCGAGUUGGGGCUUACUUGCCUGGUGUGUUCGAGGAAGUUGUUGAUACUGUUGAUGCCUUUAUCCUGACUGAAAAGAAAGCGCUGCAUCUCCGGGCCACCAAGACAUUCCGAGACCCCCAGGGUGUGACAAGGAAGACUGGAGAAGAGUGGCUGGUCACCAUGGCUGACACCGAGGCUCACAUUCCUGAUGUUUAUGAGGAAGUGCUGGGUGUUGUCGAUAUCACAACCUUGAACAGCUGCCAAUAUUGUACGGUCUGUGAUCCGGUAGAUGACGAUGGCAAACCCCAACUCGGCCAGAAGAAAGUGAUCAAGGGGGAGAUGUCCUUCUUCCUGCAGCCUGGAGAGUGUCUGGAGGAAGGGAUCCAGGACAUCUAUAUCCUUUCUGAAGAAGAUGGUCUCCUGCUACGUGCUCUCCGUCCAUUUGAAGACGAAAAUGAGGAUGGGGAGGAAGUGGCACGCAAGCCAGGUGAUCGCUGGUUGAUCCAUGGUCCCCUGGAGUACGUGCCACCCGUGGAGGUGGAAGUCCUGGAACGGCGCCAUUCCAUUCCGCUGGCUGAGAAUGAGGGCAUUUACGUGCGGGAUAUCAAGACAGGAAAGGUCCGAGCUGUAAUUGGCCACACUUACAUGCUCUCUCAGGAUGAGGAGCUGUGGGAGAAGGAGUUGCCGCCUCAUGUGGAGGCCUUGUUGGCUAUAGGGAGGGACCCGGUAGUUGAUCGCUCCAGGGAAGCGUCUGAAGGGGGUAGUGGGGUGUCUCGUGAUAAGACUCGGGCUGUGUCCUACCGUGUUCCUCACAAUGCCGCUGUGCAGGUAUAUGACUACAAGGACCGUAAGUCCAGGGUAGUGUUUGGGCCAGAACUGGUGCUCUUGGGGCCAGAUGAGCAGUUCACGGUGUUGAGUCUGUCAGGGGGACGCCCCAAGCGCCCACAUACCCGCCGCGCUCUCUGUCUCCUCCUGGGACCUGACUUCUUCACUGACGUGGUCACUAUAGAAACAGCCGAUCAUGCCCGCCUGCAACUUCAGUUGGCCUACAACUGGCACUUUGAGAUCCCCUCUGCUGCUGAGGAAUCCCGCCUCUUCAAUGUUCCAGAUUUUGUAGGGGAUGCCUGUAAGAUGUUAGCCUCACGCAUCCGAGGGGCUGUAGCUGCUGUUACGUUCGAUGACUUCCAUAAGAACUCGAACCGUCUGAUCUGUGCUGCGGUGUUUGGGUUUGACGGAGAAGGGAAGCUGCGCAGCUCCUUACGCUUUGCCACCAAUGGCCUGGUCAUCAGCAGCAUUGACAUCCAGAGCGUGGAGCCUGUGGACCAGAGGACCCGAGAUUCCCUCCAGCGCAGCGUGCAGCUUGCAAUCGAGAUCACCACCAACUCUCAGGAAGCAGCAGCCCGGCAUGAAGCAGAGAGACUGGAGCAGGAGGCUCGAGGACGUCUUGAGCGGCAGAAGAUCAUUGACCAGGCAGAGGCUGAACGGGCCCGGAAGGAGCUACUGGAGCUUGAAGCACUGAGCACUGCAGUUGAGAGCACUGGGGCAGCUAAAGCUGAGGCUCAGUCACGGGCAGAAGCCGCCCGGAUUGAGGGUGAAGGGGCAGUCCUGCAGGCCAAGCUGAAGGCAGAAGCUACUGCCAUAGAGACGGAAUCGGAGCUGCAGCGCCUGGCACAAGCACGGGAGCAAGAGCUCCGCUUUGCCAAGGCUCAGGCUGACCUAGAUGUGGCUCGUGAGGAGGCUCUUGCUACUGUUGAAGUGAAGAAAUUUGAGGCUGUGAUAAAGUCACUGGGAGCCAACACCAUCCGUGACAUCGCUCUGGCUGGGCCAGAGAUGCAGACAAAACUCCUCCAGGGCCUGGGGAUACAGUCGACACUCAUCACAGAUGGUUCCUCGCCUAUCAACCUUUUUACAACUGCAGGAGGACUGCUGGGGAUUCUUCCCAAGCCUUCAGAGGCCUGAUGGAUGCCAGAGAUGAGCACCUUCCCACCAAGCCUAUAAGUGUCUUAGAUUAUAUAGGCUAUGGCAGUCUUUGCAUUUUGCCUGAGCUUCUCCUGAAUGUGCCUCUUUUGAUUUAAAGGAACAAUGUGGAAUAAACAUAUAUUCUUUCUA